AUGUCCCUCACUCCCAUCUCACCCACUUCUCCGGCCACUGCAAAUCUCCCAACCGUCGAGUUAUCUUUUGAUACCUCCAAGGGAGGAGCAUGGGACGAUCGAGAGUUGAUUCGAGCUAGCGAAGCAGCGAUGAAGGAGUUUCACGCUCAUCAUCCAGGACCAGGAAGUUGGCUAGAUAAAGCUACGGCUGCAUUGGCCAAGGGUCAGAAAUUACCUGGAGCAGACGAUUAUGGCACUGCAUGGUAUUCUGCUUCUCUGCCUACUGAAACAGAAGUACAAGCAGAACCGUCGACCUCGACUCAAACCCAAGUUAAAAUGAAUGGUAAUGCGAAUGGCAAUCAAUCACAAUCGAACAAACGACGAAAGACUAAACGAACCAAUCUGUACGAUACGAAUAUGCCCAAUCCUUAUCUCCCUUCUACAUCUACAUCUACAUCUACAUCCACGGAUCCCUCGCAACCGACCAGGAGACAAUCUCCAAGCUACAAUCCCGGAUCACCAAGCUCUCGACCAAUACAAGUAAUUGAUAAUGAUAGUGAUACCGAUUCUGAAGAAGAAUACUAUGAUGAAGACGAGGAAGAAGAGGAGUAUGAUGAAGAUGCAGAAUGGGAUUUACCACCCCAACAACAACAACAGCAGCAAUAUGGGUCAGGGUAUGAUCAAUUGUUCCCUUCUCUCGGUGUUUAUCCGCCUGGUGGGAUCAAUAGGGAAGAAGCGCUAGGGUACGCGAUGACUGCUCAGUAUUGGGCGGGAUACUGGAUGGGUGUUGCGCAAUCGCAGAAUCAAGGCAAUGGACUAGGAUAUCAACCGGGUCAGAAGGAGAAGAGAAGUAAAAGGAGAAAGCGAGUGAAUUUCGACAUAGGUGAUGAAAACGAAGAGGAUAUCACUAUUGAUGCUGUCAAAUCCAAUCAAAUGAAUGGGAACGGCAAUGUUCAACCGAGUAAUUUGAAAGUGACCAAGAAGCGGUUCGAUCCUGUUAUCAAUGGGUUAAGGAGGUAG